UUAGUAUUGAAACGAGUAAGUCGCAAAUGAUAUUUCCAGCGAGUAAGAUGGAAUCUGGUGAUUUAUUCGAUCCUGCUAUAACAGUGAAAGAAGAGGCUCAGGAUGACCCUCUCAAUGAUAAUGAUGGUUAUAAAAUAAUUGACACGACUCUUGCAGUUCCUCAAAAUGUUAAAUACGAGAAGUCUUGGCAUGAAAAUUCAACCCAAGAGCUUCUUCAGGAAUAUGACGAAAAUCACGAAAAUGAACUCGACGACAUUCAAAUCGAAUUGGAAUGUACAGACAUGAAGCCCAAUUUUUUGGCUGUUUCGAAAAUUGAAGAUUUCUCUCCAAAUCAGUUUCAGGAUAGCAAUGAUUACAAAACUGGAAGCAAAAUUAAAUUAGAAACUGUCGGGACAGUGAAAAAAGAAAUUUUUAGUGAAGAAGCCUCUUUGAUUAUUGUUGAACGUGUUUCAAAAAUUAUGAACUAUAAACAUAGUCUCGAAACUGAAAUUGACAUUGCGCAUAAUGGAAUCACUCCUGCAAGUCAUCUAAAAAGACACGUCGAUGCAGUCCGCAAAGCUGUCACGCACGCAUGUGAAAUAUGCGGCAAUGUAUUCAAACAAAGAGAUUCUCUAAAAAUUCACAUCGACUCGGUGCAUCGUAAAAUUAGGUAUGGAUGUGAUGUAUGCGGAAAAUCAUUCAGAUAUAAGGGUCAUCUCCAAAGACACAUCGAUUCGUUACAUCGUAAAAUCACGCAUCCAUGCGAUAUAUGCCAAAACACAUUCACACAGAAGAGUCAUCUCAAAAUCCACAUCGAUUCGGUGCAUUAUGGUGUCAGUCACGCAUGUAAUAUUUGCGGAAAUAUUUUUAAACGAAGAGGCGAUCUCAAAACUCACGUCGAUGUGGUGCAUCAUAAAAAAAGGCAUGCAUGCGAUACAUGCCAAAAGACAUUCACACAGAAGAUUAGUCUCAAAUAUCACAUACAAUCGGUGCAUAAUGGUAUUUCACAUGCGUGUGAUAAAUGCCAAAAGACAUUCGCAAAGAAAAAGAGUCUCAAAAUUCACAUCGAUUCGAUACAUAAUGGUGUCAGUCACGAAUGUAAUAUUUGUGGAAAUGUUUUUAAACGUAAAGACGAUCUCAAAAAGCACAUCGAUUCGAUGCAUCAUAAAAUAAGACAUGCAUGUAAUAAAUGCCAAAAGACAUUCGCACAGAAAAAUAGUCUCAAAAUUCACAUCGAUUCGAUGCAUAAUGGUGUCAGUCACGAAUGUGAUUUUUGUGAAAAAAAAUUUAAAUGUAAAACUUAUCUCAAUAAGCAUGUGAAAUCGUCGCAUAAUGUUAUAACCCAUUCAUGCGGGACAUGCGGAAAGACAUUUGGCCAGAAAAGGAGUCUUAUAGCCCACAUCGAUAUGGCUCAUAAUUCGCGCAUCAGAACCUAACUUAUAAUUAAAAUUUAUGUUAAUUUGUGUUAAAAAUCCAAAUAUAAAAUCAAGUGUAUCUCUUCAAAUAACUGAAUUUAUAUAAUUUUUAUUUAUCAUAAGGUGAAUUCUUUGUGUUAUGUUAUUAUAUGUUGUUAUAUGCUAUGAUAAUAUAGUUACAUGUCAAAACUGACGGCACAUAAGCCCGGCGGCCGCCACUAUGUAUCAAGCUGAAUCGCAGCGUGUGUGCAAAUGAAGUGAUAAUUAUGUAAUAUGUAUGCACCCGACCAAUUUCUUUUCUCGCCGACUCCGUCGUUUUUGCUGCACGGAAGUUCCUACCUAUUUUGUUCGCCGUACAAACAGCUCCUUAAUUAUUUUUUC